AUGACGCGAACCGCAUCGAGUUGGGGCCCGAGGAGGCUGUUGGCUUUGGCCGCUACCUUCGCCACCAGCACCGUCGCCGACUCCAUCCUCAAGACCAGCAGCUUCACAACCUGCGGCAACGAUUCCGCCAUUACCGUACAGAAGAUCGAUAUUCAGUACAACAACGACGACAAGACCGUCACUUUUGACGUAGCAGGAACGAGCGCCAAAAGCCAGAACGUCACCGCUGUAUUGGACGUAAGCGCCUACGGAACCGCCAUUUACUCCAACAGCUUCAACCCGUGCGACGCCGGCACUUACGUCGAGCAGCUUUGCCCUGUUCCCGCCGGAUCCUUCGCCGCCCGCGGCACCCAGAAGAUCCCCGAUGAGUACGCCAGCAUGGUCCCUGCCAUCGCCUUCGCCGUUCCCGAUAUUGCCGCCAUGGCCAAGCUUCAACUCAAGACCCUCGACACCUCAACAGAGGUCGCCUGCAUUCAGUCACAGGUCACCAACGGCAAGACGGCCAGCGUCGCUGCUGUCUCGUACAUCGCCGCCGGUGUUGCUGGCCUCGCUCUCGUCGCCGGUGGUGUUUCCGCUGUCAGCGGUGCCUUCGCCGGAGGCAGCGCGGCUCUCAGCGGCGGCCACGGCGGCGCCGGUACCAUGAGCCCCAGUUUCACUGAGGUCGCCGGUUGGUUCCAGGGCAUGGCCAUGAACGGCAUGCUUUCCGUCAACUACCCUCCCGUCUACCGCAGCUUCACCAAGAACUUCGGUUUCUCCACCGGUAUCAUCCCCUGGACUGACAUGCAGGUCGCGAUCGACAACUUCCGUGGAAUGACUGGCGGUGACCUCACCAAGGACAGCGUCCAGAUUCUCAAGAACAGCACCCUUGUUCUCAGCGACGGCUCGACCAUCGACGGCAACAGCACUUCUCUCAAGGUCAAGCGUGCCAUGGAUGCUUUUGCUCUCCUCGCCAGAGAGAUCGAGACGAGCGUCAACGGAACCACCAGCGGCGAUUCUGGCGGCGACGACCCCGUCAGCACCAUCAAGCAGAAGGUUCAGGGUAUCACUGCUUUCGUCAACACCCUCAGUGUCCCCAAGUCCAACACCUUCAUGACCGUCCUCCUCAUCGUCGCCAUUGUCAUUGCUGCUAUCAUUGUCGGUAUUCUCCUCGUCAAGGUCAUCCUCGAGUUCUGGGCUCUCUUCGGCAGCUUCCCCAAGGGUCUGGCUGGUUUCCGUGAGCACUACUGGGGCUCCAUCGCUCGUGCCAUUACUCAGCUCAUUCUCCUGCUCUACGGUAUCUGGGUCUUGUACUGCAUCUUCCAGUUCACCAACGGAGAUUCAUGGGCUGCGAAGGCACUUGCCGGUGUCAGUCUGGGUAUCUUUACCGCCAUUCUCGCCUUCUUCUCUUACAAGAUCUGGAGCACCGCUCGCAAGCUGAAGAAUGCCGAGGGUGACGUCGCCGGUCUGUACAACGACAAGAGCAACUGGAUGAAGUACUCCCUCUUCUACGAAUCCUACAAGAAGAGCUACUGGUGGAUCUUCGUCCCCGUCAUCAUCUACAUGUUCGCCAAGGGUACCAUUCUCGCCGCUGGCGACGGCCACGGCAUGGCCCAGACCUCUGCUCAACUCAUCGUCGAGGGUCUCAUGCUCAUUCUCCUCCUGUGGAGCCGUCCCUUCGAGCGCAAGUCCGGAAACGUCAUCAACAUCGCUAUCCAGGUUGUCCGCGUCCUCUCCGUUGCUUGCAUUCUCGUCUUCGUCGAGGAGUUCGGCAUCGCCCAGACCACCCAGACAGUCACCGGUGUCGUCCUCAUCGCCGUCCAGUCAGCUCUGACUGGUGUCCUGGCCAUCCUCAUCAUCUGGAACGCCGUCAACGCCUGCAUCAAGGAGAACCCCCACCGCAAGCGCAGAAAGGAGAUGGAGAAGAUGCAGCGUGACAUGGACACCCUCACGCCCCUCGACGCCCGCAACUCCCUCCUGAUGGACCGUAAGGACCCCGAGCACGGCACCACCUUCUCCAUGAGCAGCGUCCCCGAGAAGAAGGGCGUCCGCUCCGAGUCUCCCGAACCGUACCUCGGUGCUGCCGGCAACGGCCCUUACCACCCUUUGGCGCCCAACACGCCGUACAUCAACCCCAACGAGAGCAGAGACAACCUCGUCCUCGGCGCGGCGCCCAUCGCCGACAGGAAGCCCACGUUGCCCAACGUAGGCGGCUACGACAACGGUGGAUACGGCGGCGGUGGUGGUUACCGGGGAGUGUAUCACUAA